GAGAGGCCGAGAGGGGCUGCAGGCGAUGGCGGCGGCUGCGGGUCGGCUAGGCUGGCUGCUCGCCGCGCUCUGUCUGGGCAACGCCGCUGGGGAGACGGCGCCGGGCCCGCGAGUGCUGGGCUUCUGCCUGGAGGAGGACGGAGCGGCGGGCGCGGGGUGGGCGCUCGGAGGGGCUGUGCGGGCGGCGCCGGAGGCCACCUUCCGCCUGCGCCUCCUGGGCUCGGGCUUCGCCAACAGCUCCUGGACCUGGGUGGCCCCCGAGGGCGCAGGCUGCCCGGAGGGCGGGCCGGCCUCGGCGCCCGAGGAGACGGCGGACCCCGCAGGCCAGUGGCGCGCGCUGCUGUGUCUGCGCGCCCAGGCCGUGCCCCCAAACUCGGCGCUGCUUGCGGUGCGCGUGGAGCCAGGCGGCGGGGCAGCUGAGGAGGCGGCGCCGCCCUGGGCGCUGGGCCUGGGGGCGGCCGGGCUGCUGGCGCUGGCGGCCUUGGCGCGGGGCCUGCAGCUGAGCGCGCUGGCGCUGGCGCCGGCCGAGGUGCAGGUGCUGCGCGAGAGCGGUUCGGAGGAGGAGCGUGCGGCGGCGCGGCGCCUGGAGCCCGCGCGGCGCUGGGCCGGCUGCGCCCUGGGCGCGCUGCUGCUGCUGGCUAGCCUGGCGCAGGCGGCGCUGGCGGUACUGCUGUACCGAGCGGCCGGCCAGCGCGCGGUGCCCGCGGUGCUGGGCUGCGCGGGGCUGGUGUUUCUGGUAGGCGAAGUGGUGCCGGCCGCCGUGAGCGGGCGCUGGGCGCUGGCGCUGGCACCGCGCGCGCUGGGCCUCAGCCGCCUGGCGGUGCUGCUCACCCUGCCCGUGGCGCUGCCCGUGGGGCAGCUGCUGGAGCUGGCGGCGCGGCCCGGGCGGCUGCGGGAGCGCGUGCUGGAGCUAGCGCGCGGAGGCGGCGACCCCUAUAGCGACCUCAGCAAGGGUGUGCUGCGCUACCGGACCGUGGAGGACGUGCUCACGCCGCUCGAAGACUGCUUCAUGCUGGACGCCAGCGCCGUGCUGGACUUCAGCGUCUUGGCCAGCAUCAUGCAGAGCGGCCACACGCGCAUCCCGGUGUACGAGGAGGAGCGCUCCAACAUCGUGGACAUGCUCUACCUCAAGGACUUGGCCUUCGUGGACCCCGAAGACUGCACGCCGCUCAGUACCAUCACCCGCUUCUACAACCACCCACUCCACUUCGUCUUCAAUGACACCAAGCUCGAUGCCGUCCUGGAGGAGUUCAAGCGAGGGAAGUCCCACCUGGCCAUCGUGCAGAAGGUGAACAACGAGGGCGAGGGCGACCCCUUCUAUGAGGUGCUGGGCCUGGUCACCCUGGAGGACGUCAUCGAGGAGAUCAUCAAGUCCGAGAUCCUGGACGAGUCUGAGGACUACCGAGACGCUGUGGUGCGGAGGACGGCCGCCUCCCUGAGUGCCCCUCUCAAGCGCAAGGAGGAAUUUUCCCUGUUCAAGGUUCCUGACGACACGCACAGGGCCAAGAUCUCGCCUCAGCUGCUCCUGGCCACCCAGCGCUUCCUUUCCCGAGAGGUGGACGUGUUCAGCCCACUGCGCGUCUCCGAGAAGGUCCUCCUGCACCUGCUGAGGCACCCCAGCGUCAACCAGGAGGUGACGUUUGACGAGAGCAACCGCCUGGCUGCUCACCACUACCUGUACCAGCGCAGCCGGCCGGUGGAUUACUUCAUCCUCAUCCUGCAGGGCAGGGUGGAGGUGGAGAUUGGGAAGGAGGGCCUGAGGUUUGAGAACGGGGCCUUCACCUACUACGGAGUGUCCGCCCUGACCACGCCGUCCUCGGUCCACCAGUCCCCAGUGUCCUCGCACCAGCCCUCCCGCCAUGACCUGCAGCCCGAGCCAGCCGACGGCACCCGCUCCUCUACGUACUGUCCCGACUACACCGUCAGGGCCCUCUCUGACCUGCAGCUCAUAAAGGUCACACGGCUGCAGUACCUCAAUGCACUCCUGGCCACCCGAGCCCAGAGCCUGCCACCGUCCCCCGAGAACUCUGACCUCCAGGUCCUCCCAGGCAGCCAGACCAGGCUGCUCAGUAGCAAGACCGCGGCAGCUGCCGCCUUCCCAGUAGACCUUUCCCUCUUUGGCACAUUUGGAAACUGCAGUUGAUAAAUGACUGUGGACUAGUGAGCCUUUUUUGUUUUAAGAGAACACUAAGGGUCCAGCCACAGCCGGCCUUGCGUCCCAGUGGAGGAGAGCCCUGGGCGGAACCCAGGAGUCUAACUGCUGGCCAGCGGCCCAAGCUGAAGCAUGGACGUGCCCGUGGGGAGCUGGAGGGAGCCUUGUGGUAGCUUCAGGCCAGCCUGUCCCCACUGCUCCAGGCCACGUUUUAGAUGGCCCUUACAGGGGCAGGUGCUGGGCCUCAGUGCCAGGGGUCUGCAGCAGGCCCUGCUCUCUUUCAGGAGAUGGGCUCAGCCGGGCAGGCCUGCUCUGGACGAAGCAAAAGGAACAGAAUCAUCUCUGGUCCCCAGGCCCAGCCUCUCCUCCCUGACGCUGCGACAGAGCAGCGUGUGUGUACCUCCUCAAGCCGGGCGCCGCGUGAGCACAGUGCCCUCCACGUGGCGUGGCCUGUGCCUGCUUUGCUUCUAAUUGGCUAACCCUCUGCUGCUGGCAGCACUUUCUGAGUGAACGGAGUUUUAGCUGGGGCUCAAAUCGCGGCCUGGUCCACGGCAUCCUGGGCGGCUCCCCUUAGCGUGGCACGAUUGGUUCCCGUGCCCGGCCCUUCCACGUGCCAAACCGAGAAGCAGGUCUCCUGCAGGUCCGUUCCUCGCCCUGCGCCCUCCCAUGGAGGUAGCUCUUCUGAACCCUUGUGGAGUCCUGAGCACCUGGUGAGGCCAGCACCGCCUGUGGCCAGCCCUCCAGCCUGGGCUUGGGUGCCACCAACAGUAUCGGCAGUUUCUGUUUUGAGAAGAGGUCAGGCGGGGAGGAAGGGGUCACCCUGUGCGUCAGCCUGUCUCCACCCCGGGGAGAGUGGGGUCCCCUCCCACCUGCCUGGUGCUGCACAGCAAGCAAGGGACAGGAGGGCUGCUCGGGACCAGCUGCACCCAGGUCACCUUUCUUCUUAAAAAAGAAAUUACGGUUUCUCUCACAUCUGUAACACAUUCAAGUUCUUUGCCUUUUUUUUCCCCCUAGUGACAGUUUUAGAAAAGUGGGAUCCAGAGACAUUUGCUUUUUUCUUCCAGUUUACCCGUAUUUCUUCCUGUUGAGCUAUGUGGAAACCGGGGCAUCACAGAUACGGGGUCUCAGACUGUGGGGGUGGGCUGUGGAGCCCCUCAAGGACAUCCGGGUCCUUGUGAGUGGGACUGAAGGCCAAAAGUAGAAUGCGUGCUUGCCUAGAAAUCACUCCAGUGGGAGCAAACCCUGCGUCACCUCUCUCCUCAGCAGGGCUUGAAUCUUGGCUGUGCCUCAGAGUCACCUAACAGACUGAAACUCUGAGCUGGCCAGGCACAGUGGCGCCGCAGCACGGCCUGUCAUCCCAACGGCUCGGGAGGCUGAGGCAGGAGGAUGGCGAGUUCAAAGCCAGCCUAGUGCAAAGCUUAGUGUAACAGCGAGGCACUAAGCAGCUCACUUCUUGUCACUCAAUAAUAUAUAAAAUAGGGCUGGGGUGUGGCUCAGUGCUUGAGUGCCCCUGGAUUCAAGCCCUAGUGCUGAAAAAAAAAUUUUUUUUAUGCCUGAGCCCACUGCUGAGAUAUCCACCUCUGUCCUUCUGGACACCAGGGUUUAAUUUUUUGAAAUGGUUUUCUAUCCACAGACGAGUUCCACAUGCCCUUCACCCACCCAGCUUCCCCCGUUAACAUCUUACAUAACCUGGGUACAUUUAUACACUGAAAAAUGAACAUGGGUGCAGAAUCCUCACUAAACCACAGGCUUUAUUUGGGUCUGGCUGUUUUUUCCCAUAACAUCCUUGCUCCAUUGCGGGAUCCGAUCCAGGAUACCAAGUUCCGCACAGAGCUCAUGCUUUCUUUUCCUAAUUUUUAUUCUUACAUAAUUUACUCGUAGGAAGUUGCAAAAGUAGAGGUCCCACGCUCCCCUUACCUGGGUUCCCUCAGUGGUCGCUACCCAGUCACAGUGCAGUAUCAAAACCAGGGCUUUGACACAGGCGUGCAGCGUGUGCUGAUUGUAUGACUGCCCCUGCGUCACUGCAAGGGUCCCCCUGAGCUGCCCUGGAGAGCCCCCCACGCCAUCCCCGGCCCCUGGCAGCCACCAACCUGGCCCUCGCCACUCUCGUGUUGCAGUUUCAAGAAUGUGCAAAUGAGUCACAGUGACCAUGGGGGACUGGCUUGUGGCGCUCUGCGUGAUUGUCUGGAGACGAGGCCGGGUCACCGCCUGCCGGUGGUUCGUUCCUUUUCAUUGCUAAGUGGUGUUCCCCGUGUACUUGGCAUCCUGUUGGAGGACAUCUGGGUGGCUUCCAGUUUUCGGCUAUUCCAAAUAAAGCUGCUAUGAACACCACGCCAUGUGCACGUGGAUCUGCGAAGAUUGGCUCCCUCUUCUCCGAUAAGUGCCAGGAGAGCCAUUGCCAGGGUUGGUCGUGGCGUGUCUUCCCAGCAGGACAGAAGCAGCCUCUGCCGCCAGGUGGCGGCGCUGUUCCCUCUGGCUGUUCUCAGGUGUGCAGCAGUACCUCGCAGUGGCUUUCAUUUCAUUUCCUAAAUGGCUAGCAGGGGACAUCUCUGUCCACGUCCUUUGCCACUUUCUAGUUGGAUGGCAGUCUUGAAGUUCCUCCUGUGUUCUAAAUGCUAAGUCUUGUCGGGUGAUUGGUUUGCAAAUACUUUUUCCUGGACUGUUGCUGUAAUUGGAUCCGAAGUGCCUGGCCCACGUGUGAGACUGGGUCUUCAGCUUGCAGGGCUCCUGGGAGGUGGGGCAGCGCAGGAGGCAGGAGCUAGUGGGAGGGAGGGAGGCCCUGGGGGCAAGCCUUGAAGGGGACAGGGACCUGGCCUCUUCCUCUCCCUUCAGGCCAAGGUCUUCUCCACUGUGCGUUCUUGCCACGAUGUGUAGACCCAACAGGAAGGAACUUGGCAAUAGGGCCAAGUGACCGUGGGCAGGGACCUCUGAAACCAUGAGCUAAAAUAACCCUUUCUUCAUUUUCGGCUGAUGGCUUCAGGCCGUCACGGUAACGGCGUAACACACGUAGCUUAUUACGUUUUCAUCCUCUCAACAGGGACUGACUUAGAGCAAUGGCUUUGAUUUUGAUGAAGUCACUUUACUGAUUUUUCUUUUUAUGAAUUGUGCUUUUAGUGUCAUAUCUAAAAAAUUACUUACCUAGUCCAAGACCCCAGAAGUUGUCUUUUUUUUUUCCCCUAAAACUUUUAUGUUUUACAUUUAAGUUGUGGUCCAUUUAAAAAAAAAAAAUUGUUUUUUGGUAGUUGGAGAUGGACAGAAUGCCUGUAUUUUGUUUAUCUUUAUGCAGUGCUAAGAAUCAAGCCCAGUGCCUCACACGUGCUAGCCAAGCGCUCUGCCACUGAGCCACAGCCCCAGUCCCAAGUUGUGGUCCAUUUUGAAUUCAUCUUAGGUCAAGUCUCAUUUUUUUUAAGCCCACAGGUGUCCAGUUGUUCUGGUACCAUUUCUUGAAAAGGCACCUACCUAGCCCCUACAUAUCUGUCCCUUGUUUACCUAUAUAAUAAGUCUUAAAAUCAGUAGAUAGAGCUGGGUGCGGUGGCACAUGGCUAUAAUCCCAGAGACUCAGGAGGCUGAGGCAGGAGGAUCACCAGUUCAAAACCAGCCUCAGUAACAGCAAGGUGCUAAGGUCUUGGUGAGACCCUGCC